UGGUACAUGAUGCAUCUUCAUCCAUCCACCGACGAUCAACCAAGAUUAUGAGUGCCCACAGCAGUCUCCGCGUCGUGGACGCUAGCGUGAUCAGGCCGUCCGACGUCGACCUCCCGCCGCGCUCCAUUCCGCUCACCUUCUUCGACGUCAAGUGGCUCCGCCCGCCGCCCGUCCAGCGCCUCUUCCUCUACCGCCUCCACGGCAACCACAACGUCGAGCAGCUCAUCUCCGACCUCAAGGCCUCCCUCUCCAAGGCCCUCACCCUCUUCUACCCGCUCGCCGGCCACGUCCGCCUCGUCCCCAACAGCAGUAAACGCUACGAGCUCUCCUACCAGCCCGGCGACGGCGUCUGCUUCACCACCGCCGAGUACGACGCCGACGUCGACGACCUUGCCCGUCCCUCCGACGGCGAGCCCGUGCAUGUCGCCAGGCUCGCGCCCCUCGUGCCGCCGCUGCCGCAGGGCCGCGCGGUGCUCGCCGUGCAGGCCACGGCUCUGCUCGAUGGGCGGGGCCUCGCGCUGGGCGUCACCGUGCACCACUCCGCCGGUGACGGCGCCAGCUCCACCCACUUCAUGCACACCUGGGCCGCCGUCUGCAACGGCGCCGUCGAAAUGCCGCCGCCGCCCGUCAUCGACCGCACGCUCAUCGCUGAUCCCAGAGGACUGUACGACAUCUAUUGCAAAGGGUUGCCGAGUGAUGGCGGUGAGAUCGAGUUCGCGACCAGCAGCGUGUCCUCUGUCCGCGACGACCAGCUCGUCGCCACAUUCACGCUCACUCCUGAGGUCCUAACUGCCAUCAAGGACGCGCUCGCCGGAGAGGCGGCCAGGCACGGUGCGCCGUCCCGCAGAUGCUCAUCGACGCUCGCCGCCUACAGCUUCAUUUGGUCCUGCUACUGCCGAGCCAAGAAGGAACAAAAUCAUACAAAAACAACCCACAUCCUUUUCUCCGUGGAUCACCGGGCGCGGUUGAAGCCACCAGUCCCUCCCAAAUACUUCGGCAACUGCUGUAGCCCGGCCAUCGCCGGUGCACGCCACGACGAGCUCGCGGCGGCCGGCACGGGAGGCCUCUUCACGGCAUUCACGGCGAUCGCGAGCGCGCUGGAGGAAGAGGUGGGCGAGGGUUCGCAGGAGAGGUGGGACGGAUGCAUCGAGAGGGUGAAGGAAGCCGCGAAGGCCGGCAUGAUGUUCGUGGUGGGGUCGCCGAAGUUCCGCGUGUAUGACACCGACUUUGGUUUUGGGCGGCCGGCGAAGGUGGUGGCGAUGUCUGCGACGGCCACCGGCUCGAUGCCGGUGGCAGAUGCGCGCGACGGUGGUGGCGGUGUCGAGGUGGCUCUCUCGUUUCCGGCGGACGGCAUGGAUCGUUUUCGACGGUGCUUUACCGAUGCCAUGCAUGCCAUCGGGGUGCAAUAAAAGACAAUGUAUAUUUAUUUUUACGAGUGAAUAAAUAAUGUUCGAAUAAUUAAUGUAUCUCUGCUUAGGGAGAAAAGUCUUGAGCAUGUUCUUGAUUGUAGUAGUACGCCCUUUCAA